AAAGCUUAGCGUAUUGCAUAACAAUGAAGAAGUUCUUGGGAAUGGUGCUUGUCCUCCUUUUCCAUUCCUUCCUCUCUUUGGCUUCGGCCUCGCAAACUCCUACCGUCAUUAUCAUUGGAGCUGGAAUGUCAGGAAUUUCAGCAGCAAAAACACUUCAAGAUGCUGGCAUACGUGAUAUCUUGAUACUAGAAGCAACAGAUAGGAUUGGCGGCCGUGUGAUGAAAACCCAAUUUAGUGGAUAUGCAGUAGAAAUGGGUGCCAACUGGCUUUUUGGUGGGGGGCCUGUUCAUAAUCCUGUAUUAGAAAUGGCCAAGAAAGUCAAGCUCAAAACCUCCCUUAAUGACUAUGAUAAUCUUACAUCAAAUACCUAUAAACAAGAUGGUGGACUAUACCCAAAAAAAUUGGUGGAGGCUGUAGACAAAGUUGCUGUAGCCAGGGAUGACUUCUGUGCAGAGUUUUCGACCCUUCUUACAAAAAAAGUCAAGAACGAUGUUGAUAUCUCAAUAUUGGCAGGGCAGCGUCUAUUCAAACAGGAGCCGAAAACCCCACUGGAAAUGGUGAUAGACUACUACCACAAUGACUACGAAGAUGGAGAACCACCAAAAGUGACAAGUUUGAAGCACACAUACCCCCGGAAUGAGUUCGUGGACCAUGGAGAGGAUCCGUACUUUGUAGCAGAUCCCAGGGGUUUUGAGAUUGUAGUACAAUAUCUUGCUAAGCAGUUCUUGUCUUCUUUGAAGAGCGACCCCAGACUCAAGCUAAAUAAGGUAGUUAGAGAGAUAAUAUACUCAAAGAAUGGAGUUGCAGUCAAAACUGAAGAUGGUUCCAUUUACAAAGCUAAGUAUGCUAUUGUCUCUGUAAGCGUUGGAGUCCUCCAAACUGACCUCAUUGAUUUCAGGCCUAAGUUACCUCUAUGGAAAAGGCUUGCAAUAUCAGAUUUUAGCAUGACCAUAUACACCAAGAUAUUCCUAAAAUUUCCUUACAAGUUCUGGCCAUCUGGUCCUGGAACUGAGUUCUUCCUUUACACGCAUGUCAGGCGCGGAUACUAUCCACUUUGGCAGCAUCUAGAGAAUGAAUAUCCAGGAUCGAACAUUUUGUUUGUGACAGUAACCGCUGAAGAAUCAAGAAGGGUAGAGCAAUUAUCAGACCAGGAAGUUGAAGCAGAGGUCAUGGUUGUCCUGAAAACGUUGUUUGGUAACAACAUUCCUAAGCCAGAAGACAUACUUGUACCUAGAUGGGGCUUAAACAGAUUCUACAAAGGCAGCUAUUCCAAUUGGCCUGACAAGUACAACCAAAACCGCCACGACCAAUUAGGGGAUCCUGUUGGUCCAGUUUACUUCACCGGGGAGCAUAAUAGCAAUAAAUACAUAGGAUAUGUCACUGGUGCUUACUUUACAGGUAUUGACACAGCAAACGAUUUGCUUGGAUGCAUAAAGAACCAAACUUGCAGAGGCUAUAAUAGCCAGCAUAUGUAAGAGAGAAGUUUCACCAAGAGACCAGUGCUCCUAGGUUCUGAAGGUGAAGAUGGAUCAGUAGCAGUAAUAAAAUCUAGAGGGUGGACAACCAUUACAACAUCAACCUGUUUUUGAGUUUUUGCUAGAUGUCCCAUCUAUGAUAUGUUCGGAUUUGCGUGUUGAGGAAUGAAGAUUUCAAUUUUGUGA